AUGAAGGACUUCACGCGCGCCGUCAAGAUUCGCCGGACUAUUAUUUCGCGGACCAAGGCAACGGCUGAUUUGACCGGUGUCCUCGAGCGGUCCAAGCUCCCGUAUCAGGGCUAUAACUGGGCCCAGGUGCACGGAGCUUGCUGCGAGAACGUUAUUGGAUACAUGCCCUUGCCCGUUGGCGUUGCCGGACCCCUGGUAAUUGACGGACAGAGCUACUUUAUCCCCAUGGCUACGACUGAGGGCGUCCUGGUUGCUAGCACGAGCCGAGGUUGCAAGGCUAUCAACUCGGGCGGCGGUGCCGUCACCGUUCUUACUGCUGACGGCAUGACCCGCGGUCCCUGCGUUUCGUUCGAGACCCUCGAGAGGGCUGGCGCGGCCAAGUUGUGGUUGGAUUCGGAGAAGGGCCAGUCGGUCAUGAAGAAGGCCUUCAACUCCACCAGCCGCUUCGCCCGUCUCGAGAGCAUGAAGACCGCCAUUGCCGGCACGAACCUUUACAUCCGUUUCAAGACGACGACUGGUGACGCUAUGGGUAUGAACAUGAUUUCCAAGGGUGUCGAACACGCGCUCAGCGUCAUGGUCGGCGAGGGUUUCGAGGACAUGAACAUUGUGUCGGUCAGUGGCAACUACUGCACGGACAAGAAGCCUGCGGCCAUCAACUGGAUCGACGGGCGCGGAAAGAGCGUGGUGGCCGAGGCCAUCAUCCCUGCUGAGAUUGUCAAGACGGUGCUCAAGACGGAUGUUGACAGCAUGGUGGAAUUGAACAUCAACAAGAACCUGAUCGGCUCCGCCAUGGCGGCCUCGGUUGGUGGUUUCAAUGCGCACGCUGCCAACAUCGUGGCGGCCGUGUUCCUCGCGACGGGUCAGGAUCCGGCACAGGUGGUGGAGAGCGCCAACUGCAUCACCAUCAUGAAGAAGUGA